CCCAUCUCUAAUCAGCCGUUACGUCACGCCAAUCAGCUGUUGCUGGACGCAAAAUUGUUCCUGCCGGAAAAUAAUGAAUUUCCUUAAAAAGCUGGUGCCGCAGGUGGCGUUGGCGGAGGCCCAGCUGCUCAGUCGCUCGAGCAUCCACACCAGCGCCGUGUGCUGUCGCGUGCAAUCGGGGCGCUACCGCAUAACCACAAAGCGGAACAGGCCGCUCACAUACGAGAUGGCUAAUCCGCCGCAUUUCAUUGGCCACCGCAAGUCGUGGAACUCUUGGAACACUUCCACCCUGGAGGAUGGCCUGCGCCCCUCCCAGACCGCCAUCGAGGAUGUGUUCAUUCGCAAGUUCAUGACGGGCACCUGGCACGCCCUCGUCUGCUCCGAGGUCAUCAUCAAGCGGCAACACAACACUAUUCGAAUCGCGGCCCUCAUCCGGCAGGCGAUUACUCCGCGCAAAAUGUACUUCCUUAUCGGCUAUACGGAGGAGCUGCUCUCCUACUGGAUGCAGUGCCCAGUGACCUUGGAACUGCAGACGGUGGGUGACAAGAACGAUGUGAUCUUCAAAUACAUUUAGUUGCUUUCUUUCGCCUUUAUAUGCCCAAUAUAAAAAAAAUUAGAAUAAUGUAA